CCAUGCCGUGGUGUUCAAAGUUUCAUGCCCAAACCCAUUUGGUAUUAUUCGCUUUUUUAAUUGUAAAAAUGGUCAUUUGUUGCUUCAUUAAACGAAAAGUUGGAGUGACCCAUUCUUUUUUCUUGUUUUUUCCUUCACUCAUUUAAUGAAAAGCAGGAAAAACCCAAUAAUCAAUUGACUGGUUUUUGUGUACCGUGUGGGUAACUUCCAUGCAGAGGAGUUGUAUGGCCAUUUGUUUGGACUUGGUGGUUAUAAAAUUGAUGGAUUUUUGAGAGAGAAAAUUGUUGGUUUGUUUGUUUUCAUUGGGUCUUUGGAGAGGGAGGUAUAUCUGGUUUCUUGACGGUUACAUUUCCUCUCUCCAGCUCUCUCCAUUUUCUCUCUCUUGUUUCUUGAGGGGAGGAGGGGUUGGGUUUUCUUCGUUUUCUGUGUUUUUGGGGAGGGAAAGUGUUGAAGGGAAUGCGACUUGGGAAGUACGAGUUGGGGAGGAUUCUUGGAGAAGGGAAUUUUGGGAAGGUGAAGUAUGCCAAGGAUGUGGACUCAGGGCAAAGUUUUGCGGUGAAGAUAUUGGAGAAACAGAGGAUUCUGCAACUUGAUAUCAGUGAACAGAUCAAGCGAGAAAUUGGGACAUUGAAGCUUAUGAAACAUCCAAAUGUGGUGAGAUUAUAUGAGGUCCUAGCCAGCAGAACAAAGAUUUAUAUGGUCCUUGAAUAUGUAACCGGCGGAGAAUUAUUUACCAAAAUUGAGAGUAAUGGGAGACUAAAAGAGAGUGAAGGAAGAAAACUUUUUCAGCAGCUGAUUGAUGCAGUGAGCUACUGCCAUGACAAAGGAGUGUAUCACAGGGAUUUGAAGCCUGAAAAUGUUCUACUUGAUGCCAACGGAAACAUCAAAAUCUCGGAUUUUGGCCUCAGUGCUUUACCUCAACAUUUUAGGGAAGAUGGAUUGUUGCACACAACCUGUGGAAGCCCAAAUUAUGUUGCACCUGAGGUUCUUGCUAACAGAGGUUACAAAGGAGCCACUGCUGAUCUCUGGUCCUGUGGGGUCAUCUUGUUUGUCCUCCUUGUUGGAUAUCUUCCAUUUGAUGACAGAAAUCUUGCUGUUCUUUAUCAUAAGAUCUUCAAGGGUGAUGUUCAUAUUCCCAAAUGGUUAUCCCCUGGUGCUAGAAACCUGAUUCGACAAAUUCUUAAUCCAAAUCCAAAGACAAGAAUGACCGUGGCUGAGAUCAAAGAUGAUGACUGGUUCAAGCAAGGAUAUAUACCUGCAGUUCCGGAAGAAGAAGAUGACGACAUAUACAUUGAUGAGUUAGAUGCAGCGUUAGAGUUCGCUAAUACUGAUGGCCAUGAAAGCACACAUCAUCUGACGAAUGCUUUUCAGCUGAUAGGAAUGUCAAGCAGUCUUGAUCUAUCUGGUUUUUUUGAAAAAGAGGAUGCAUCGGAGAGGAAAAUAAGAUUUACAUCAAAUUACUCUGAAAAGGAUUUGCUUGAGAGAAUAGAGGAUAUUGUAACCGAAAUGGGUUUCAGAGUCCAGAAAAAAAAUGGAAAGUUGAAAGUUGUGCAACAGCAUAGUGAUACGAGUGCAGACUCACUCUCCAUUGCAGCAGAGGUCUUUGAGUUAAAUCCUUCAUUAUAUGUGGUGGAAUUGAGAAAGUCACAUGGUGAUGCCGAUCUCUACCGCAAGCUGUGUACAAAGCUAUCAGACCAUUUAGGUGUUUGCAGCAGCCAACAGCUAGUGACUACUUCGGCUUGAAAAGCUGUAUUUUUUUCUUCUUAGAACAAUGGAGAGAAAAGAAAUAUAAUUGCUUUAUUGUUUAUAGAAAUAUAGUAAUUCCCAUUAAGUCAAGAGAAUGGGAAUUUUGUGAGAGAAGUCUCAUGAAUUCUUGUAUUAUACUGCUGACUAUAGUGAAAUAAGAUAUCUCCAUUAGUCCUUU